AUGUACUUACAGGUGGAGACGGGCUCGACCUGUGCAGUGUUUGGCCUUGGAGCGUUGGGCCUGGCUGUCAUCAACGGAUGCAAAGCAGCAGGGACGACCAGGAUCAUUGGGAUUGACGUCAACCCAGUUUAAGGUGACCAAGGAGUUUGGAUUAUUCCUUCGCGUGUAUGGGCAACGUGGGGAUCAUGGUGAGGAAGUGGAUUCUACCUUUACUGACCACCCGAGUGUUUGGAGAAUUACCAUUUUGCUGACAAUGUGGAGAAAGUAGAGUGCACAGUGCUUUUCUAAAUUAUAUUUUAAGAUUGUCACCUAAAGCGAAGUGUUGAAAUCUCAAUUUUAACAAAUGUUAUCUGUUACACCUAAUGGUCAUAGUGGCACCAUAGCAAGGUUACGGUUGUGUAAGUAACUGUGUUCCAGAGGGCGGCCCUGAAGGCCUGUCAUAAGGACUGGGGCACCAGUGUCACCAUUGGGGUGGCAGCAGGCGGGCAAAAGAUCUCCACUCCCCCAUUCCAACUGGUAACAGGACGCACUUGGCCAAGAACUGGGAUGGGUCUAAUGUGUUAGUGAGAGCCAAAAGCUCUUGUAGUUGGCACCCCACAUAAUCCAAUAAUGUAUUAAUCAGUUGUCUAUCAUUUGAUUGAACUGAGGUCAUGCUUUGCAUUUUCUUUCCACAGGAUAUACAAGUGUGGAGGGUGUUCCUAAACUGGUCAGUGAGUACAUGAACAAGAAGCUGAAGGUGGAUGAAUUUGUGACCCACACGCUGCCCUUCGAAAAGAUCAGAGGGCUUCAGUAUAAUGCAUGCUGGGAAAUG